AUGAUAAUGGAGCAUCCAGACCAGAGUCUAGCUCUGGCACAGCACUAUGGAGAGAGCUGUCAGUUUUUGAGAUACUCAGACACCUCCUCAUCCUCCUCCUCCUCCUCCUCAUACAGUCUCGGAGGUUUCGUAGACUUCACCUUCUCCCAGGAGCCUCAGGACACGGUGACAGUGCGAGGGGGCGUGCUGCAGCUGGACUGCCAGGCACAGUCUGACGCCGUGGCUGGACCUCUCACCAUCACAUGGCGUAAGGAUGGCGUGCUCCUGAGCACUGUGGUGGAUGAGCGGCGGCAGCAGCUGAGUAACGGCUCGCUGCUGGUGCAGAAUGUGGUGCACUCGCGGCACCACCGGCCCGACGAGGGAGAAUAUCAGUGCCUCGCCACGCUGGAUGGACUGGGGAGCAUCGUGAGUCGGAAUGCCAAAGUGACGGUGGCUGGUCCGCUGAAGGUGGUUGUCCCUACAGAGUCUGUCUCCUCAUACCUGGGCGACACAGCCUUGCUGCGCUGUGAGGUGUCUGGUGACCCAACGCCCAUCAUCCGCUGGCAGAAGAACCGAGAGGACCUGCCAAUGAUCUUUGACCCUGACUCCCGCCUGGUGGUGCUGCCAUCCGGCUCGCUACAGGUCAGCCGUGUCCAGCCUCCAGACUCAGCCACAUACCGCUGUCUGGCCGACAACCCCGGCAGCACCAGGACGGGGACGGACGCCGAGCUCCGAGUGCUCCCAGAACCUGGGGUGAGCAGGAACCUCCAGUUCCUCCAGCGUCCAUCCAGAGUGAUGUCUCUGCUGGGAACCGAUGCUGUGCUGGAAUGUGCUGCUUCAGGAUACCCAACUCCAAUCAUCCAGUGGAGGAGGGGAGAAGAACUGAUCCAGAGCUGGAAUAAGAAGUACUCUCUGUUGGCGGGCAGUAAUCUGAUCAUCAGGAGUGUCACUGAUGACGACUCUGGCAGCUACAGCUGUACAGCCACCAACAAGAACCACAACAUCACUGCACACACAGGGCUGAGUGUGCUGGUGCCUCCUCAGUUUCUGAACUACCCAACCAACACGUACGCCUACGAGUCCACUGACAUCGAGCUGGAGUGUGCUGUGACAGGAAACCCACCACCGACGGUACGCUGGAUGAAGAAUGGAGAGGAAGUCAUCCCCAGCGACUACUUCCAGAUAGUGGACGGCAGUAACCUGCAGAUUCUGGGUCUGGUGAAGUCAGAUGAAGGAUUUUAUCAGUGUGUCGCUGAAAACUCUGCCGGCAGCUCGCAGGCCAUGGCUCAGCUGGUGCUCCGAGAACCAGUGUCCCCAAGCCCAGGCGUUGUCCUCCCCUCUGCCCCCCGCGACCUGGUCCCUGUCCUAGUGUCCAGUCGAUUUGUCCGACUCAGCUGGCACCCCCCAGAGGAGAGUGGAGGCGUUGUGCAGACGUACGGCGUUUAUUACUCCCAGGAUGGAGUCGAGAGGGAGCGGUCAGUGAACGUGUCAGAGCCUGAGUCUUUGGAGCUGACAGUUUCCAACCUGAAACCAGAGGAGAGCUACAGCUUCAGAGUCAUCGCCUACAAUGACAUGGGACCCGGAGAGAGCUCCGCCCCCCUGAGGAUCACCACCAAACCUGACCUCCAGGUUCCCAGCAGGGUGGAGUCUCUCCGAGUGGAAGCUCUGUCUCCCACCUCUGUCCAGGUGAGCUGGGAGCCUCCCAUCCAACCAAAUGGCCCCGUGCUGGGCUACAGACUGUUGUGGACUGAGAGCCCAUCUGGCAAAGAGCAGAGUGUGGAGGUGAACGGACUCAACUACAAAAUGGAGGGACUCAAUAAGUUCACUGAGUACACAGUUCGGGUUUUGGCCACAAACCGCUAUGGACCGGGCACGGCCACAGAGACCGCCAGUGUCACCACCCAAUCAGAUGUGCCCAGUGCACCUCCUCAGAACAUCACCUUAGAGGUUGUCCUGUCCAGGAGCAUCAAGGUGUCAUGGCAGCCGCCUAUGCGUAGCGCCCAGAACGGCAUCAUCACUGCCUACAAGAUCAAAUACAGGAAGACCGGUCGGCGUGGAGACCAAGAGGCCAUUGAACCCAACAACUUCUGGUACCUGUUCACAGGUCUGGAGAAGGGCAGUCAAUAUAGUUUCCAGGUUGCAGCCAUGACGGCCAAUGGUACAGGUCCGGCCAGUGACUGGUACACUGCUGAGACGCCGGAGAAUGACUUGGAUGAGAGUCAGGUCCCGGACCAGCCCAGCUCUCUGCACGUCAGGCCGCUGCCCAACAGCAUCAUCAUGUCCUGGACUCCCCCCCUCAGUCCCAACAUCCUGGUCCGUGGUUACAUCAUUGGCUAUGGAGUGGGAAGUCCUUACGCUGAGACGGUCAGGGUGGACAGCAAGCAGAGAUACUACUCCAUCGAAAACCUUGAGCCAAGCUCGCACUAUGUGAUUUCCCUGAAGGCGUUUAAUAAUGCUGGAGAGGGAGUUCCUCUGUAUGAGAGUGCAGUCACUCGAUCUCUGACAGACACCAGCACUCCCAUGAUACCCCCUGUGGGGGUCCAGGCUGUGGCUCUGUCCUCGGAUUCAGUCCGUGUCUCCUGGGCCGACAACUCCAUGACCAAGAACCAGAAGGCGUCUGAGGUCCGGUACUACUCUGUGAAGUGGAAGACUAGCUACUCUACCAGUGGGAAGUACAAGUCUGCAGACACCACGGCACUCAGCCACACCGUCACCGGCCUCAAACCAAACACCAUGUACGAAUUUGCUGUCAUGGUAACCAAAGGACGCAAGUCCAGCACAUGGAGUAUGACGGCACACGCCACAACGUAUGAAGCAGCUCCAAGCUCCGCCCCAAAAGACUUGACAGUGAUCAGUCGUGAGGGACGACCCCGCGCCAUUUUAAUCAGCUGGCAACCGCCGAUGGAGGCUAAUGGACGAAUCACAGGUUACAUCCUGUACUACACGCUGGAUAAGAACAUGCCGAUAGAUGACUGGGUGAUGGAGGCGAUCAGCGGCGACCGGCUGACCCAUCAGGUCGUCGAUCUGAACCUCGACACAGUUUAUUACUUCAGGAUUCAGGCCAAGAACGCCAAAGGAGUCGGCCCGUUGUCUGAGCCUGUCCACUUCAGGACCGCCAAAGUGGAACAUCCAGACAAGAUGGCCAAUGAUCAAGGUCGUGGAGGAGACCAUGCCUACUGGCCAUCUGACACCAACCUCAUUGACAAGAGCAGCAUCAACGAGUCUCCCAUUGGUCAGAUGCGUCCACCUCACGGCAGUGCCACACCUCAAAAGAACAGUAACCUCCUGGUCAUCAUAGUGGUUUCCGUAGGAGCCGUCAGCGUGGUUGUGGUUGUCAUUGUGGCUCUCAUCUGCACCCGGCGCUCCUCCGCCCAGCAGAGGAAGAAGAGAGCAAGCCACAGUGCUAGUAAGAGGAAGGGCAGCCAGAAGGACCUGCGACCUCCUGACCUCUGGAUCCAUCACGAGGAAAUGGAGAUGAAAAACAUGGAGAAAGCUCCCAGUGUCGCCCCAUCUGGACGUGACUCACCCAUCCAGUCCUGCCAGGACCUCCCCCAGGUUGCACACAGCCAAUCAGAGAGCCAGAUUGGCAGCAAGAGCAGCCACUCUGGAGCCGAUGGUGACGAGGCCUCCAGCAGCAUCUCCACUCUGGAGCGCUCCCUGGCUGCCAGGAGGGGGACACGAGGCAAAAUGAUGAUUCCUAUGGAUUCACAACCAAGCAACACACCGGUGGUCAGUGCCAUCCCGGUGCCAGCACUGGACUCCUCUCAGUAUCCUGGUAUUCUGCCUUCACCUUCCUGCAGCUUCACACACAACAAGUUCAGCCUGAGGCCGAUGCCUUUCCCCAGCCUGACCGUGGACAGAGGAUACACACCAGUGAUGCCCACAGACACCUCCACCAAUCCUCUCCUCCAGCAGCAGCCUCCACCACAGCAGGCCCCUCCCCUCCUUCCUGGCUCCUCUGCUCAGCCCGUGGAGCAUGUUCCUGGGGUUGGCCCGGUCCCAGGUGCUCCUGCGGCUGCUGCAGCCGUCACUGAGGAGGCCCAGGCAGGGGGGGGUCGGACCAUCCCAACAGCCUGCGUACGGCCCAGCCACCCACUACGAAGUUUCACCAACCCACUGCUGCCACCGCCCAUGGGGACUAUCGACCCCAAGGUUUACACCUCCAUGAUGCCGCAGUCCAGUGCAAGCCUCCCGAAGCCACAGGUGAAGACAGCCUCUUUGGGUCAGGCUGGUAAGGCUCGUUCCCCUCUGCUGCCCGUCUCGGUCCCUACAGCACCGGACUUACCAGAGGAGGGUGGAACGAAACCUGCCGAGGACUCAGCUGUUUACGAGCAGGAUGACCUGUCAGAGCAGAUGGCCAGUCUAGAAGGACUGAUGAAGCAGCUCAAUGCCAUUACUGGCUCCGCCUUCUAA